AAAUCUCUUCUCUUUACAGGUUCUGAUCUGGCCUUCCCUGCAGCUGUGGUCGAUGACGUAAUCUGCAGCAAGACCUUCCAGAUCCUCUAUAAGAACGAGGAGGUGGUGGUCAAUGAUGUGCUGGUGUUCAAAAUCAUGAUGCUGCUGGAUGAGAAGAAGGUAAGGAAGUUACACUGUAGGCUAAUACAAGGAAGCUAGACUGUAGCCUAGGACAAAGAAGCUAGACUGUAGCCUAAGACAAGGAAGCUAGACUGUAGGCUAAGACAAGGAAGCUAGACUGUAGCCUAAGACAAGGAAGCUAGACUGUAGGCUAAGACAAGGAAGCUAGACUGUAGCCUAAGACAAGGAAGCUAGACUGUAGGCUAAGACAAGGAAGCUAGACUGUAGCCUAAGACAAGGAAGCUAGACUGUAGGCUAAGACAAGGAAGCUAGACUGUAGCCUAAGACAAGGAAGCUAGACUGUAGGCUAAUACAAGGAAGCUAGACUGUAGGCUAAUACAAGGAAGCUAGACUGUAGCCUAAGACAAGGAAGCUAGACUGUAGCUAAUACAGGAAGCUAGACUGUAUGCUAAUACAAGGAAGCUAGACUGUAGCCUAAGACAAGGAAGCUAGACUGUAAGCCUAAGACAGGGAACUAGACUGUAGCCAAAGAAAAUGAGCAGCUGUACCUAAGAAAAGGGAAAGAGGUACCCAAAGAAAAGGCCCUUAGACUGUGGGCUAAGAAAAGGGAAAGCUAACUGUAGGCAAAGAAAAGGAAGCUAACGUGGCCAAAGAAAGGGAAAAGGAGACUGUAGCCUAAGACAGGAAGCUGACUGUAGGCUAAAAAAAGGGAACUAGACUGUAGGCUAAGCAGGAGCUAACUGUAGGCAAAGAAAAAGGAAGCUAACUGUAGGCUAAGAAAAGAAGAUGACUGUGGCUUAAAAGGGAAGCUGACUGUAGCUAUACAGGAAGCUAACUGUGGGCUAACAAGGAAGCUAACUGACCUAAACAAGGAGCUGACUGUAGCCUAAACAAAAAAGCUAGACUGUGGCUAAGACAAGGAAACUAGACGUGGCUAAACAAAGCUAGCUUGGCCCCUAAGAAAGGGAACUAACUUAGGCAAAACAAAGCAGACUUGGGGCUAAACAAGGAAAUAGACUGUACCAAAGAAAGGAAGCUAGACUGUGGGCAAAGACAAGGAAGCAGACUUAGGCUAAGAAAAGGGAAACUAGCGUGGGCUAAAAAAGGAAAGCUAGACUGUAGGCAAAGAAAAGGGAAAAAACUGUGGCUAAUAAAAGGGAAGCUAGCUGUAGGCUAAUAAAAGGAACAAACUGUAGGCUAUACAAAAAGCUAGACUGUACCAAAGCCCAGGAACUAACGUAGCCUAAGACAAGGAAGCUAGACUGUGGCAAAGCAAGGAACAAACUGUAGGCUAAAAAAGGGAAGCAACGGUACUAAGAAAAGGGAAGCUGACUGUAGGCUAAAAAAGGACUAACUGUGGGCAAAGAAAAGGAAGAUAACUGAAAGGCUAAUACAGGAGCUAGACUGUAGCCAAAUACAAGGAGCUAGACGUAGGAAAUAAAAGGGAAAGCAGACUGUAGCCUAAAAAAGGGAAAAGCUAGACUGUAGGCUAAGACAAGGAAGCUAGACUGUAGGCUAAGACCGUGACCAAUGACCAAGUUGUCGUUGUGAUGGUUAGAAUCAGUUCUGCUAUAGAGGGCAAUAGGCUGACCUUCACUGAGGCUCUGGCUAGCCUAUGUUCAAAUGUCCACACUAGCAUACUACUUACAAUGCCCCAUACAUUGCUUCAUACUAAGUGAGCUUGAGCUGCACUGCAGUUUUCCAUAUGAUUGGCCAAUUAGAUGCAGGCUAUUUAGCCUAGAUUUAUUUAGCCUUAGUGUAGCCAAUUUAGCCUAAUGUCUCACAUGGAUAUUGUUCAGAAUUGCAUCUUCUAAAAUAAAUACGUGGUAUGAUGGUAUGGAUAUAGGAAGAGAGCCUCUUGAUAUGUAUUUUCCAGGCUGAAGUGAUUUGUGUUCCCUCUGAGUUCUCUCCCUCCAUACUAACGUACCACUACGAAUGCAUGCCCAGUACUGCACAUUGCUUCAUACUACAUAGUAUGCUAGCGAAUGGUGCUCUUGGGUUGUUGUGAUGGUGGAAAUCAGUUCCUCUGUAGAAGGGAAAUAGGCUCACUUUCAUUCUCACUCACUCACUGUUUUUUCACACUGUAAUAAUUGUUUACCCUGUCUGUUCCUGUCCCUCUUAAGGUAGAAGAAUCCCUCAAUGACAUGGACUUCCAGCUCUCCCUGGAGUUGUACUUCACAGAUGGAGACUUCUCGUACGUUUCAUCAUGGCCCAACACUUUGCUACUCAUGCUGUUAUCAGAUCUUAUUCUAACACCAUUUGAUUUUAAAAAAAACAUUUUAGUCAUUUAGCAGACGCUCUUAUCCAGAGCGACUUACAGUUAGUGAGUGUAUACAUUUUCAUACUGGCCCCUCGUGGGAAUCGAACCCACAACCCUGGCGUUGCAAACGCCAUGCUCUACCAACUGAGCUACACGGAAAUCUCUUAGAUACUGUACUUAAAGCGUUUUCUUUAGCCUGCCUAGAAAGCCAGAUGGAUGGGUGUUGAAGGUUUGCGACUAUUGCACCAGGCAUACUUGAAAUUCUUCAAGUAGUACUUUAACCCAGGUCUGGCUAUUUUUAGAUAAAGAUUGUUUUUGAAUCGCUGUCAUGGUGUCCUUAAUAAAACCUGCCUGCCAUUUUUAGACCCGUUUGAUGGUGCAUGUUUAUAGUGUCGGGCAUGUCCAGUACAGCAGGGAAUUUCAAGGAGUGGAAUCGUUCUUGUGACUUAUCUGUGUAAUUACUGUACUUUGCCCGUCUUGUCAGUUUAGUUCAACUUUGUUUAUCCCCUCUGUGGUGAUUAUUAAUACAAUAUUAUUAUUAAUACAAUAUCCAAAUGUUUUCCAAUACAUUAGAUGGAAACAUUGCAUGCAGUUUGUUAUAUUCGUUAUAUUUAUAUAUGAAUACAUUUGUCUAUUGUAUGAUUUGAAUUUCUCCGAAAACGUUCUUUCCCACUAGGCCCGAGGAGCUUAGCUCCCUGCAGAACAUCAGCAGUCGGUCCCUCCGCUUGCACUUUAGCCUGAACAGAGGCAUCCACCAACACAUCAAUAUCAUGUUCGACUACUUCCACCUGUCUGUCGUCUCUAUGGCCGUCCACGCAUCCCUGGUCCCCCCCCCUGCACAACCCCCUCCCCCCCAUAACAAAACCACACACCCCCACCCCCCCUAAAAACACACACCCAACACACCCCAAAAACCCCCCCUCCCCCCCCCCUGACCCCCCCAACCCCCCCACACACCCCCCCCAAAAACACCCACACCCCAAACCCCCAAAUAACCCCCCCCCACCCCAACCCCCCCCCCCAAAAAAAACCCCCCCCCCCCAAACCCUUGCACCCAUGUUUAUCAUGAGUCCCAGAUCCGUACUCACGUUUUCUUUCAAGAUGAUGUUGUUGAACAAUAUUGUUAGUAUACUAUCCGUUGGCAUUUAGUAACAGAUUUUUAUCUUUUUUUCAAGGUGAUGAAAUUCAUUUCCAUGGAUGAGGAUUAUCCGAACUUCUUUUCGUGCAUUACUGAACUGCUGUAAUUACUGGACUUGCCCGCUGUCAUUUAUUCAACUUUGUAUCCCUGUCGUCUAUGAAAUACAGUCAAUACUAAAAUACAUCAUAAUCCACAAACGUUUCCUAAACACUACCUGGCAAACACAGCAUGUACAUCGUAAUUUACAACUGACAACAUCCCCUAAAACAAUCAUCCCGAAAACUCCUCCACACUAGCCCACGACACCCCCCCUGACCACAGCAAAUCGGUCCCCCGCUGCAUUUACACUAACAGAGCACCACAACACACCAUACAUGUCACUACUCCACCCCCUCAAACCGUCCACACACCCUUCGCCCGCACCACACUACACAGACACACAACACACACACCCACGACACCCCCACUAACACACACACACACACACACACACACUGAACACACACCCACACACACACACACACACACACCACAACACACCACACACACACACACACCUACACACCACACACACUAACCACACACACACUCACCACACCCACUAACACACACCACACCACCACUACACGACACACACCACUACCACACACCACACACCACACAACACACACAUGACACACACCACACUACACACCACACAACCACACAACUAAACACCACCACACACACCCCACACACCACUAACACACACACACACUGACACACCCACUACACACACAACACACACACACCCACACCACCACAACACACACUAACACACACCACACCACAACACACACACUACACACCCACACACCCACAACACACACACACUCACACCACACACCCCAACACACACACACACCACUCCACACCACACACUACACACCCACUAACCCACACCACUCCCACCCCUAACACCACACCCACCACCACAUCACACACACCCUAACACCACACACACCACCCCACUACACACACACAACACACCCCCCACUACACACCCACUCACAACACCACUAACACCUCACACACACACACCCACACCACCCAACUCACACCCUACACACCCCACACCCCCCUAACACUCACACACACCACAAACCCCACCCACUACCCCACACUCACCACACACCCCUACCACCCUCCACCACCCACACACUCACCCCCCCACACCACACACCCACACACACCACCCCACACCCCACACCACACACACCCACCCACACACACCACCCACACACACACCACAACACACCACCACCCACACCACACCCCCACACCACCCACACACCACACACCACACAACACCACACCACCCACACCCACACACCCCACACACACACACCCACACACACACUACCCCACACACACCCCACACACACACACACACACACACACCCACAACCCCCCACCCCCUGUCAGUCAUCUCUAAGGCCUUCCACUGGUCGCCCUGCACCAUCCCCUCAUCAGGUAGUGCACGCAAUGUUUAUCAGUGGUCGAAAGUAGUACACUAUAUAGGGAAUAGGGUGUGACUUGGGACUGACUUGGACUAAACUAUAGUUUUGUUAGAUUUGGAUAUACAGUGGGGAAAAAAAGUAUUUAGUCAGCCACCAAUUGUGCAAGUUCUCCCACUUAAAAAGAUGAGAGAGGCCUGUAAUUUUCAUCAUAGGUACACGUCAACUAUGACAGACAAAUUGAGAAAAAAAAAUCCAGAAAAUCACAUUGUAGGAUUUUUAUUGAAUUUAUUUGCAAAUUAUGGUGGAAAAUAAGUAUUUGGUCACCUACAAACAAGCAAGAUUUCUGGCUCUCACAGACCUGUAACUUCUUCUUUAAGAGGCUCCUCUGUCCUCCACUCGUUACCUGUAUUAAUGGCACCUGUUUGAACUUGUUAUCAGUAUAAAAGACACCUGUCCACAACCUCAAACAGUCACACUCCAAACUCCACUAUGGCCAAGACCAAAGAGCUGUCAAAGGACACCAGAAACAAAAUUGUAGACCUGCACCAGGCUGGGAAGACUUAAUCUGCAAUAGGUAAGCAGCUUGGUUUGAAGAAAUCAACUGUGGGAGCAAUUAUUAGGAAAUGGAAGACAUACAAGACCACUGAUAAUCUCCCUCAAUCUGGGGCUCCACGCAAGAUCUCACCCCGUGGGGUCAAAAUGAUCACAAGAACGGUGAGCAAAAAUCCCAGAACCACACGGGGGGACCUAGUGAAUGACCUGCAGAGAGCUGGGACCAAAGUAACAAAGCCUACCAUCAGUAACACACUACGCCGCCAGGGACGCAAAUCCUGCAGUGGCAGACGUGUCCCCCUGCUUAAGCCAGUACAUGUCCAGGCCCGUCUGAAGUUUGCUAGAGUGCAUUUGGAUGAUCCAGAAGAGGAUUGGGAGAAUAUCAUAUGGUCAGAUGAAACCAAAAUAUAACUUUUUGGUAAAAACUCAACUUGUCUUGUUUGGAGGACAAAGAAUGCUGAGUUGCAUCCAAAGAACACCAUACCUACUGUGAAGCAUGGGGGUGGAAACAUCAUGCUUUGGGGCUGUUUUUCUGCAAAGGGACCAGGACGACUGAUCCGUGUAAAGGAAAGAAUGAAUGGGGCCAUGUAUCGUGAGAUUUUGAGUGAAAACCUCCUUCCAUCAGCAAGGGCAUUGAAGAUGAAACGUGGCUGGGUCUUUCAGCAUGACAAUGAUCCCAAACACACCGCCCGGGCAACGAAGGAGUGGCUUCGUAAGAAGCAUUUCAAGGUCCUGGAGUGGCCUAGCCAGUCUCCAGGUCUCAACCCCAUAGAAAAUCUUUGGAGGGAGUUGAAAGUCUGUGUUGCCCAGUGACAGCCCCAAAACAUCAUUGCUCUAGAGGAGAUCUGCAUGGAGGAAUGGGCCAAAAUAACAGCAACAGUGUGUGAAAACCUUGUGAAGACUUACAGAAAACGUUUGACCUGUGUCAUUGCCAACAAAGGGUAUAUAACAAAGUAUUGAGAAACUUUUGUUAUUGACCAAAUACUUAUUUUCCACCAUAAUUUGCAAAUAAAUUCAUAAAAAAUCCUACAAUGUGAUUUUCUGGAUUUCUUUUCCUCAUUUUGUCUGUCAUAGUUGACGUGUACCUAUGAUGAAAAUUACAGGCCUCUCUCAUCUUUUUAAGUGGGAGAACUUGCACAAUUGGUGGCUGACUAAAUACUUUUUUCCCCCACUGUAUCAUCACUGAUAACAUAUCACUACACUAUAUUUUGUUCCAACCUACAGUUCAGACUGUGUCUCCAGUGCAGUAUAACUGAAACGUGUUGACCAGUAAGGCCUGUUUCCUUAAUGGCCGUAUGUCUUUUCUAGUUUCCCCCGGCCAGUGAAGAGUACAUGGCUGAACCGCAACGCCCCCCAGCAGAGUAAAGACUCCAUCAUCCCAGCCCUGGAGAAUGUGGUGUUUGGAACCAGCUAUGUCAAACAGCUGUCUCCUGAUGUAAGUAUAGAUUAAGCCUUAGGGCUGUCCUCGACUAAAAACAAUCUUGGUCGAACGAGAGUCGUCUGUUCUGAAAUGUGUAUUUUUCCAUUUAUAGACACACCCUAUGUGUUUUAAUAAAAUCAACUCCAUGUAUUGAGCUUGUCUGAUGCUUUAAGUGCAACAUUAUUCUUUCCACAUAUUGUUACGUUACGGCCUUAUUCUAAAAUGGAUUAAAUGAAUUGUUUUCCUCAUCAAUCUACACAUAAUACCCUGCAACGACAAAGCAAAAACAGCUUUUUAGAACUUUUUGCACAUUUAUACAAAAUAAAGAACAGGAAUACCUUAUUUACAUAAGUACUCCUAAUUCCGGGUAUCUUCCAACCGUGAUUUCUGUAUUUUUCAACCCUUAGUCUGCUGCUAAUGACUUAUCUAAGUGACUGUUCUGCAGCCAGGGACAAGCUGUGCUUUCUGAAGACUGGAAGGUACAGGGCAGAAGAUGGGAUUGAGGAAGGAAAGCAAGUUGUGGGAGGAGAGGUUAUUGACCGAUAAGAUGGGGAAGAAGAAGUGCUACUAGAAGCCAUUAGUGAGAGAUGUUUGAUUUUAGCUGGAGGCCUAGGAGUAAUUGGUUGGUGAUAACAUGGACAUGGAGAAGGGUAGAUGGGUUGAUGCCUGAAUGCAACAGGCUCACUGAAAUGGAAUGCUAGAGGCAAUGCUUAGUCCCCUCAUCACUCUUAGAUACAUGCUACCAGUCCUACUGGGGAAGCUCAGCACACACACACACACACACACACACACACACACACACACACACACACACACACACACACACACACACACACACACAUACACAUACACAUACACACACACACACACACACACACACACACACACACACACACACACACACACACAUACACACACAUACACACACAUACACACACACACACACACACACACACACACACACAGUUCAGAAAGCAGUGAAAUCCAUCGACCUCUUCUCAUCAUUCCAUAACAGCCUCCUCCUUAGUAAUGGCUUUCCAGUCAGUGGUACCAUACAGGUUAUUGCACAUCAAAUUAAUUGCAGGCGAUAAAUGGAAGGGAUAAGGUUAUAUGCAUAUUUUAUAUGUUGAGUUUUGCCAAAUGACAGGCCUGAUAAGAUGCUUGUCUUUGAGUGAUGUAUUUGGGGAUUUCUCCAGAUAUAAAAGUUAGCUAGCCUAGUGUGCUUGUGCUGCUUGUAGAAAAGGCUUGUAUUUACCAAGCUAGCUAGUUCUUCCCAUAACAGACGGAGAAUGUGAUCUGAUAAGACAGAUCUUGGCGUAGGCAAAGCAGCAUAGUAGUAUCAUAGGUUAAAAGGGUAAUCAUCGAUUUGAAGUUAACAAAGCAGCCAUUACUUAGUAAACCAUAAAGGAAUGCAUUGAGGAAUCCUUUCUCUUCAUUGUGACCUUGUCUUAACUCUGUGUGUGUGUGUGUGUGUGUGUGUGUGUGUCACAGCGUCUGUGACAUGUUAUAACAUCUUCCUCCCGGGGAAGGACUGCCCGUACCAUGAUCUCGCCAUCACGGUAGACAACUCCGCUGUGUCCUCCUCCCAGAGUGCGAAGAGCCUAGGCGUGACCCUGGACAACACCCUGUCGUUCUCCGCCAACAUCAAGGCGGUGACCCGCUCCUGCAGGUUCAUGCUCUACAACAUUCGGAGAGUGCGACCCUGCCUUAUACAGGAAGCGGCGCAGGUCCUGGUCCAGGCACUUGUCAUCUCCCGUCUGGACUACUGCAACUCGCUGUUGGCUGGGCUCCCUGCCUGUGCCAUUAAACCCCUACAACUCAUCCAGAAUGCCGCAGCCCGUCUGGUGUUCAACCUUCCCAAGUUCUCUCACGUCACCCCCCCUCCUCCGCACACUCCACUGGCUUCCAAUUGAAGCUCGCAUCCGCUACAAGACCAUGGUGCUUGCCUUUGGAGCAGUGAGGGGAACGGCACCCCUGUACCUUCAGGCUCUGAUCAGUCCCUACACCCAAACGAGGACAUUGCGUUCAUCCACCUCUGGCCUGCUGGCUCCCCUUCCUCUGCGGAAGCACAGCUCCCGCUCAGCCCAGUCAAAACUGUUCGCUGCUCUGGCACCCCAAUGGUGGAACAAGCUCCCUCACGACGCCAGGACAGCGGAGUCACUCACCACCUUCCGGAGACAUUUGAAACCCCACCUCUUUAAGGAAUACCUGGGAUAGGCUAAAGUAUUCCUUCUAACCCCCCCCCCAAAUUGUAAAGUGGUUAUCCCACUGGCUAUAGGGUGAACGCACCAAGUUGUGAGUCGCUCUGGCUAAGAGCGUCUGCUAAAUGACGUUAAUGUGCCCUUGAGCAAGGCACUUAACCCUAAUUGCUCCUGUAAGUCGCUCUGGUUAAGAGCGUCUGCUAAAUGACUAAAAUGUAAAUGUAAAAUGUAAUGUUAUAACCUGUUAUUAACACCCUUUGUUUCUCCCUCCCUUCAGGGCAGGACAUUCCUGGUUUCAGACCAAUGUCUGCAGCAUGCAUUCAGCCUUCACCACAGUCUCUGUGCCAGCCUGCUGCUGGCCUACCAGGGCCUGUUUGGUUACUUUACCUCCGUCAGCAAGGACCUGCCCUCCUCACACCGCAUGGAGCUAGGUAGGCCUACACUACUCCACACCAUGGUAACACAGGCUCUCUGACACUAGAAACAGUCUAACUCACACACCUGUCACAUAGGCCUCCUGUAGCUCAGUUGGUAGAGCAUGGCGCUGGCAACGCCAGGGUUGUGGGUUCGAUUCCCACGGGAGGCCAGUAUGAAAAAUGUAUGCACUCACUAACUGUAAGUCGCUCUGGAUAAGAGCGUCUGCUAAAUGACUAAAAUGUAAAUGUAAAUAACCAGGUGCAUGGAGAAAAAUAGUAUGAACUCAAACUGAAAUGUAAAGAAACUCCAGGACACUGGUGAUCUUGAUGCUCUACAGAUGUAAUGGAUCUGUUGCGGUGACAUACUGGGUCAUUCCUGUAUACUCCAUAUAUU